AAGGGCUGAGGGGGUUCCUGUGUCAAGGCUGACAGACUGGACGUAGGUUGCGCCGACGCCGUGUGCGGACAGAAAAGAACGGGAGAGGCGGGUUCUUUCCCGCUGCAGAUGAACUUAUCCCAGAACAACAGCCUUCCUCGCGAGGAGCAGUGAAGGGCUCCAACGGCGAAGGUAAGACAAGUUCACGGGACAACAAGGCGAGAGAGUCACAGUCCCGACGAGCCAACUCUUCUGGCGAGUGUGCCUUUCGCGCAAAAGUGCUGGGUCGGCAGAAAGAGUCCGAGCGGAUGUUCUUCAUCACGAGUCGUCCAGCAGCGGAGGCUAACCGCUACAGCGCAGGACAGCUGACUUCUCCUGCGGACAGUGUCCGCGACCGACCUGACAUCGCGUCAGUCAGCGGCGCGUCAAAGUUGGCAGCAGAGCCUGCUGCUAUGGCUCGAUACCUGAAGUAUUUCACCACUGUGGGUGAUGAGCAGUCAACUCAGUUGGAAGAUGAAGAGCUGCAUGUGGCCAGUGAGGAGCUGAGCCCAGCCACAGGACAGUUCCCAACAACGCUGACCUUCAGGGAUUCACUGAAGAGACUCUACAGCUCUGAGAGGUUCCAGGUGUUGGUGGUGUGUUUGGUCGUCCUGGAUGCCAUAUUUGUCCUGUCAGAGUUGCUUAUAGAUCUGUCUGUCAUCCGCCUGGAACAUGGUCAUAUUGCUCCUGAGGUGUUUCACUACCUGAGCCUGGCUCUUCUCACAUUCUUCAUGGUGGAGCUGGCUGGUAAGCUUUUUGCCUACCAACUGGAGUUCUUCCAACACAAGUUUGAGGUAUUUGAUGGUUUGGUGGUGCUGGUGUCCUUCGUGUUGGACAUUGUCUUCAUUUUCCACGAGGAUGCCUUCGAUGGGAUGGGUCUCCUCAUUCUGCUGCGACUCUGGCGGGUGGCCAGAAUUAUUAAUGGUAUCCUGGUGUCAGUGAAGACCCGUGCAGACCAGAGGAUCCACAAGCUGAAGGAGAGCUACGACCACCUCGUCCAGAGAGUCACAGAGCUACAGGAGCGCACUGAUAAACUGGAACAAGAGAAACAGAAACUUGAAGCCCUCCUGAAGAAGCACGCCAUAGACUUCUAACUCUUCCAACUAACUUCUAUGAUGCUACUGUUCAAUGUCAUUUAAAUCAUGUACCUUUCUGCACCGUUGUUUUUAAUUUUCAAACAAUAUACUCCAUCAUAAACUUUUAUUGCAGACCCAAUUUCAGUACUCCUACUUCCUGUUCACAGUAGUUUCACAUUAACUGUACACUUAGCUGUAGUCAUUAAGUGUAAUCGUGCCAUUGUGAAUAUCUGUGGAAACCGAUCUAUAUCCACGAUGGCAAGGUCUGCAUUUAUCUAAUGAAUAUCAAAUAUUCAGAUGCUACUGGAUAUGACUGUUUAUAUAUGACUGUAAAGCUACAAGGCCAAAGUCUAAACCUGCCUGACAAUUUUUGAAACUUUCUUCAUACUGAGAACUGGCACAUAAAACUAUAUUUAAAUCUGCUGCCUGAUAUGUAGAAAGACUGUAUGUUUUGUAAAAAAUAUAUAAAAAUUAUACAAAUUAA